GAUGAGGUGUAGGUGAGGAGGAGGGUGGAGUUAAGACUGAAGGCAGACAAACAGAGAGCAGCGCAUUGAUCCCUUGAGCCUGCCAGAUCCACUGAGGAAAACAAAGACAAUGAAGAUUUGAACAGCAAAGCUGAACCUACGCUCCACAUUCAGAUGGGAGGAUGUGCCUGACCGCGUGAAGGAAAAAAACAUGAGCCUGGAAUAACAGGAUCAAAAUUUAUCUUUGGGAUAUAAGACACAGCUGAAGGGAGCUGAGGAUGUCUUCUGUAUCAGAAGCAGACUUCCGCUGCCAGCAUGGAGAUACAAUCUGUGAGAUCCGUGUGUAUGAGCAGGAGGUGAUCGUUGUGCCCAUCUUGCUGCUGGCUGCCUUCCUGGUCACUCUGGUCUUUAUUUUGCUGCUGCGCUUUUGUCCAGAGAAAGUCGAUCGGAUCCGUCCGAAGCCAUCAAAGCCGACCACCAGAAGAGUGCUGCAUGGCAUUGAUGCUCCACCAGGUAUCAAUGCCCUGGAGGGUGAAAGCAUCGCUCUGGACAUGCCCAGUUCCUACUCCACCUUCCACCCCCCGACCACUUACCCCUCCAAAAACUUCUCCACAUCUGUGGUCACGCCUUCUUUCCCACCCAGCCCCCCACCACAGCCCAUCAAGCCCAGUUUCACUCCCGUUGUCCAGCCCAGAGAGCUGCCCCGUCAGAGACUGCCCGAGUCCUUCAACCUGGUCACUUCUCUGCCUGUUGCUUUCUCCCUGCGCUCCGACUCCUCUGUGUCCCUCUACAGGGCCCGCAUGGAAAACAGGAACGUGGUGCUGCGUGUCCUGAAGGACACUGCUGAUGCCACAGAAAGACACAGCUUUCUGGGCUUUGCAUCCUUCCUGUCCCAGCUGGGACCACAUCCCUUCCUGCCAGAGCUUCUUGGUGUGGUCUCACUUCGAGCUCCUCUGGUCACUGUUGUGGAAGAGCUGGAGAACAGAGACAUGCUCAGCUUCCUGUGGCGAUGCAGACAGGAAAAAGUGGAUCCUCCAUGUGAGAUGACUGAGAGACGAAUAUUUACCAUGGCCAAACACGUGGCCUCAGCAUUGGAGUUCCUUCACAACAAAGAUAUUCUCCACGGAAACGUUUGCGCCCGCAGCGUCUUGGUCUCCAAAGAGUACACAGCCAAGCUUUGGGGCCUGCAUGGGGUCUACACAAGGAAGAACCAUGGAGCCACACAGAGAGAUGAUCCCAGCAUGAAGAAAUGGCAGGCACCAGAGGUGUUAGCCAGGAGAUCAACCGGUCCGAGCAGUGACAUCUGGUCAUUUGGAGUCUUACUGUAUGAAAUGGCAACACUGGGUGAAGCUCCAUUUGCAGAAAUCUCAGUUAAUGAGCUUCUGCAGUUUCAUCAGCGAGGGAAAAGUCUGAAAAAACCAUCCAACUGUUCAAACACGCUGUACUCCGUCAUUAAGGCCUGUUGCCAGUGGAAGGAUCAAGAUCGACCCAUGCUGCCUGAGGUGAGCCGCAAGCUCGUGUCGGGAGAGAAAAGCGCAUCUGACAAAGUCCUCAAGGUGGCGGGGACGGUUAACAUUGAGCGGUACCUGCAGGAAGCAGGAUACGGGGAAACCAACAGCUACACUGUUUUCUGAUCAUUGCCUGUGCCAGCAAACUAAAUUGCACUAUUUUCCCCAAUGGUACCCCAAUGGUGCACUUCCACAAAACAAUCUUUGAACACUGAAAUAGUUGUAUUAUCUUCAUUAAAUUAAAAAAACUGUGUGCUGAACAAGUUUUUUACCUUCGGGAAACACUCAUUUUCCUCCAAGUAAAA